AUGUCAAGAAAAAGAGCUCUAACCUCUAAAGAGCUUGAAGACGUAGCUUUGCACAUAAACAAAUAUAAGGACGACUCAGAUUUUGAAGAGCCUUAUCAAGACUCUGGGUCCGAUUAUGAACCAGAAAAUUCAUCUUCCGAAAGUGAUUUGGAAGUACCUGCACGAAAACGCAAAAAGAAUUCUCCAUUACAUAACAGUGAGUUACCCAGUACCUCCAGCAUCGAAAAAUUUGCUGAAGUCGAAAUUCAUAAUAUUAUAAACCUAGAAUCGGAGGUAGUAUCAGAGCUCGAUGUAGAACCACAACCCGAAGUAGAACUAGGACAUGAGACAGAAGCUGAAACUACGUUCACCGUCCAGCAAAUCGAUAGCUUAAUCGCGUAUGACUGUUCGGAUUCACAGACUAAUGUAUCGGUUAUCUCAUUAAAAGACGUUCAACAAUGCCCGUCGCCGGAGUCGGCAUACGUGAGUGCGAAGGUAAACGUUCAAGUCAUACAACGAAAUGAACUAAAAACACAAAAAGUAUGGACUUGUCUAAUUGAAGUUUCGCGAGUAAUGUUCUACUGUGGCAUGCACAGCCACACGUCAAUAGUUAACGGAGGUCUAUCAAACACCAUCCACAAAUUGGGAGCAGAAGAAUGCAAGGCGCUACACCGAUAUCAAGAACUUAAGCUGUUUCACCAAACCAUAAGCAACAUACUAAUGAAUGGUACCACUACAGCGUCAGUAACGAUAGAAGGCAAACUAGAUAAUACAGGGUCAUGUAAAGGCGUAAUGUACCAAGAAAAUGGUAACGUCUGGACAGAUGUGGUCAUAGUCGCAUCAAUCAAAGUCCUCGCCAGGGAUUACUUAGCAGCAGUCAGCCUAGAAGAUAACGAAAUACAUUUACAAGGAGGAAUCACAUGUCCAUUUCUAAUAGGAUAUUGCAUGGAUUCAACAUUAGGAGAAUCAGCCUGGUCAAGUUACGAACCAAUAACUUGCGAAGAUCACCUAAGCCAGUUGUACAAAGGAAAUGCAGAAAUGGUAACAAAUAAAGCCACAAUGGAAGAAGUCAUAGUAGUAGAAGAAGGCACAAAAAUAUUUUCACUAACAAUCCAAAAACGAGCAAUGGUCUGCGGAAUAGAAGUCUGGCAAACAGAACAUCCAAGAAUAAUUAUAAGCAAACAAAACGACGGAAGAGGCUUAAACCCAACAAUGCCAUUGUUACCACAAAAUGUCAACCUCAUGAACUAUGUCAACAGUAAAUUUUUGUACAUAGAACAAGCAUAUAAAAGAGACAUAGAUCGAUUAUAUGUAGAUACAAUACACCGAAGGUGUUUAAUGAGGAGAGAAAUCCUAAAGAAUCGACUACUAAUGGCACCGAUACUACCAAACGCAGUAAGCCAACUGAUGCAACAUGCACCGGGAUACGUUGGAAGAGUACUCGGGGAAGCGCUGUAUAUAUUAAAGUGCACACCCAAGUCAGUAAAUAUAAGAAGAACAAACAAAUGUUACCAUGAGCUACCAAUACUAGUCUCAAACCAGUCUAGAUUUAUGGCACCAUUGACAAGGAUCAUACAAAACCAUGCAGAAGAAGUAGAUUGCAAUCAGUUGAUUCCGCCACUAUAUUUCCUAGAUGACCAAUGGAUAGGAUUAGCACCACAUCCAACAGUUUCGACUCCACCAAAGGAGUUAGCCGUAGAAGCAGAACCUAACCUGGAAUUUUCUCCAAUCCAACCAAUAGGCGCCCAGGGCUUAUACACCCAAAAAGAAAUAACAGAAGCUCAACGAACUUUAACAUUUGGAACUGAACAAAAAGCAGUACAAAAUAUUUUCGCACGUCGAGCGGCAGGAAUGGAAGCAAAUAGUCAAGGAUACUCCCUAUCAAAUAUAUUUGAAGCUGCGGAAAUGAAAAAAUUAGCUGAAUCAACCAUCAAAGAAUUAUGGGGAUGGUUCUCCGAAAUUGGAACAUUUAUGAGUGGUCUCAUAGGAUUCUAUUGUAUAUUCAAAAUAAUACAAUAUACUUUAGGGGUAGUACUAAAUGGCUUGCGCAUCUAUCAAACUUUAGGAUGUGGCAUAGUCAUAUUAGCGAGUGUAUGGAAUACCCUAACGUCUUGGGUCAUACACAGAAAACAGAGAGAAAAGACUCUCAACCCUGAAGAAGUGAAGCUAGAAACAAUAACAACCCCUUGA